AUGACUUCUGUUGUUAGCGAAAUGAUAAUUGGCGAAAAUACAGGAAGAAGGAAUCUAGCCGGAAAAAAACUAAAAAGAGGUCAUCCAUGUAUGGCUACAAACCCCAUUGACAGGUGUUGGAGGUGCGAUCCUAAUUGGGCAAAGAACCGCAAGGAGCUUGCAGAUUGUGUGCAAGGUUUUGGAAGAAAGACUACGGGUGGAAAAGCGGGGCGUAUCUAUGUGGUAACCGAACCCUCAGAUAAUGACAUGGUUAAUCCACGUCCAGGUACCCUUAGGCAUGCAGUUACAAGAAAUGGACCUUUGUGGAUCAUCUUUGCUCGUAGCAUGGUCAUUAAGCUAAACCAGGAACUCAUUAUGACAAGUGACAAGACAAUUGAUGGACGAGGAGUUACUGUUAUAAUUGCUAGAGGUGCCGGUUUUACUAUCCAGACAAGGAGUGAUGGUGAUGGAAUUUCGAUUUUCGGCUCUAGCAAUGUUUGGAUUGACCAUGUUUCUAUGAGAAACUACAGAGAUGGACUCAUUGAUAUCAUCAUGGGAUCCACUGCUAUUACCAUUUCGAAUUCCCAUUUCACAAAUCACAAUGAGGCGAUGUUGUUUGGUGCAACUGAUGGCUAUGAUGGUGAUAAGAAAAUGCAAAUUACACUUGCAUUCAACCAUUUUAGUAAGAGAUUAAUUCAAAGGAUGCUAAGGUGCAGAUAUCGUUUUAUCCAUGUGCUUAACAAUGACUACACUCAUUGGGAAAUGUAUGCAAUUGGUGGAAGCAAAAAUCCUACCAUUAUAAGUGAGGGUAACCGAUUCAUAGCUCCUAACAACCCCCAUGCUAAAGAGAUAACAAAGAGAGAUACAUCUGAGGAAGAGUGGAAAAAAUGGCAAUGGAGAUCAAUCAAUGACAUGUACUUGAACAGAACAUUUUUUAGACAAGGUGGACCUUUGCUGACUAACAGAGCAUUCUCAAGAAAGGACAUGAUCAAAGCUAGGCCUGGAACUUAUGUGGGAAGGCUUACUCGUUUUUCUGGUAGUCUUAGAUGCAGAGCGAGAAACGCUUGCUAG